GAUCAUGUGGAUUUUUGUGCUUUUUAUAACUCUCUUAAAAGUGUUCUGUGUCAAGGGGAUUUUUGAACAGUGUAACCAUCAGGUGAAACUGCAAUCGGGUCAGAAGCUACUCAUCAACUCACCCUAUUACCCGGCUCUGUAUCCUGUGGGCACUUCCUGCCGCUACUCCGUAGAGGCUCCCAAGGAUCACGUGCUGCAAUUCAAAUGCGACCUCCAAUUGCAGACGCUUUCCACGGACUUGAAAUGCCGCACGGAGGUGUUCCACUUCAAUUCCGAGGGCAACGAGGUGUUAACAAGUUCCGAAUACUUUUGUGGCAGCGGCAAGUUCGAGCGCAAAAGUUUCCUCAAUCGUGCGGUGAUUUCGUACAUAUCCAAUGGACAUUCGGAGACGCCCUCAGCCGUCAAGUUAAAGGAUAAGCUUUCGGCGGGAACAGCAGCUACGAGUUCCACUACCGAGUCGCCACAAGUUGCAUCGAUUGAGGAGCAGGACGACGAAGAGGAGGAGGAGGAGGAAGAGGAAUCGGAGAACUCAGAGGAACCCGAGGAGAACCUCAGUGACGAGGUUCUGCACGUGUUGCAGGAUGUGGGCGUUAGUGAUGCCCUGGCCUAUGUGGCCUCCCUACUCUAUAACGAUGACGAGUCCAGAAAGUCCAGCACUGCUAUUUACCUCGAUAAGUUGCCAACUCGCAGCAGCUCAAAGACUUCCGUAAAACGUGCCCGGAUUGUUUCUAGUUACCCUCCGUCACCUGGUCAGAGCGGAGGUGGAGGAGGCGGACGCUUCACCUGCCUUGUGGAGGCCUUUCAGCCCACGUGCAGCUGCGGCUGGAGUCGCUUUUCUCGGAUAGCCAGUCCCAAUAACGAGGAGGCCAUCCUGCACGAGUUCCCACCAAUGGCUGGUGUCCUGACCAAGAAGCACGGAAAGAUCUUCUGCGGCGCCGCGAUCAUUCAUCAUCAUUACUUGCUCUCUGCCGCUCAUUGCUUUCUUGGUCCAGAGACAAACAGUGCCGCCAAGCUGCGGGUUGUGGUGGGUGAGCAUGACUUGGCCAGUUCGUAUGAGACCUUUGCUACCCGUCGCUAUGACCUUGACACCCUGAUCCUGCACGAAGAUUUUAGCCAGGCAAAUGGACAGCCUAGGAAUGAUAUAGCCCUGCUCAGGACACGAACUGCCAUAAUUUGGAGUCGCCAUGUGGGUCCUGCCUGCUUGCCACUGCAACCUACAGAGGAUGGUAGGAAACUUCCUUUGGCUGGAGACCAAGUAGUGGCCGCUGGUUGGGGCACCACUUCCUAUGGUGGUCCACAGACCCAUCGCCUGCUGAAGGCCACAUUGGAUGUGAUCGAUACCCAGAGGUGCAGGCAGACUUUGAUCUCCACGGGAGGAGUUCCCGCACACACCUUUUGCACUUAUACUCCUGGAAGAGACACCUGCCAAUAUGAUUCCGGAGGAGCUCUUUACGAGCGGAUCAAUGGACGCCUAGUGGCCGUGGGCAUCGUCAGUUUUGGCCAGGGCUGCGCUACCCAGCAGCCAUCGGUCAAUACUCGCGUCGCCUCCUUCAUCAAGUGGAUACGCACCAAAAGCCCCGAAGUGGCAUAUUGUCCUGGCAGGAUAUAGUAGCAGCAACUACUUUGAUUUAUGUGCUUAUAGUAAGGCUAAGAAAGUAUUUUACAGAUAAUGGAAAAAUGUAUUUGAUUAAUGG